AUGCAGAUUUUCGUAAAGACCCUCACCGGCAAGACCAUUACACUUGAGGUUGAGUCGUCCGACACCAUCGACAAUGUAAAGGCCAAGAUUCAGGAUAAGGAGGGCAUACCCCCCGACCAGCAGCGCCUGAUCUUCGCUGGCAAGCAGCUCGAAGACGGUCGCACCCUCUCGGAUUACAACAUCCAGAAGGAGUCGACCCUCCAUCUUGUCCUCCGUCUUCGUGGCGGUAUGCAGAUCUUCGUCAAGACCCUGACGGGCAAGACGAUCACCCUCGAGGUGGAGUCGUCCGAUACCAUCGAUAACGUCAAGGCGAAGAUCCAGGAUAAGGAGGGAAUUCCUCCCGACCAACAGCGGUUGAUCUUCGCUGGCAAGCAGCUCGAGGAUGGUCGUACUCUCUCCGACUACAACAUCCAGAAGGAGUCUACCCUUCACUUGGUUCUACGUCUGCGUGGUGGUAUGCAGAUCUUUGUGAAGACCCUGACGGGCAAGACUAUUACCCUAGAGGUCGAGUCUUCGGAUACCAUCGACAACGUGAAGGCAAAGAUCCAGGAUAAGGAGGGUAUUCCCCCAGACCAGCAGCGCCUCAUCUUCGCUGGUAAGCAGCUUGAGGAUGGGCGUACGUUGUCGGACUACAACAUUCAGAAGGAAUCUACGCUUCACCUUGUCCUUCGUCUCCGUGGCGGAAUGCAAAUCUUCGUCAAGACCUUGACCGGCAAAACUAUUACUCUUGAGGUCGAGUCUUCCGACACCAUUGACAAUGUGAAGGCGAAGAUCCAGGACAAGGAGGGUAUCCCUCCAGACCAGCAGCGUCUCAUCUUUGCCGGCAAGCAGCUGGAGGAUGGGCGCACUCUUUCUGAUUAUAACAUCCAGAAGGAGUCCACUCUUCACCUCGUCCUUCGUCUCCGCGGCGGCAUGCAGAUAUUCGUGAAGACGCUUACUGGCAAGACUAUCACUCUUGAGGUCGAGUCCUCCGACACCAUCGACAACGUGAAGGCGAAGAUCCAGGACAAGGAGGGUAUCCCUCCAGACCAGCAGCGUCUCAUCUUCGCGGGCAAGCAGUUGGAGGAUGGGCGCACUCUUUCUGAUUAUAACAUUCAGAAGGAGUCGACCCUCCACCUCGUCCUCCGUCUGCGCGGUGGUAUGCAGAUCUUCGUGAAGACGCUUACCGGCAAGACAAUCACGUUGGAGGUUGAAUCGUCGGACACGAUCGACAACGUCAAGGCGAAGAUUCAGGACAAGGAGGGCAUUCCGCCCGACCAGCAGCGCCUGAUCUUCGCUGGGAAGCAGUUGGAAGACGGUAGGACGCUCUCGGAUUACAACAUCCAGAAGGAGUCUACCCUUCACCUUGUUCUUCGUCUGCGUGGCGGCCUCUGA